UCGUCACGUGCUUUGUUUGCAUUUUAUGAGCGGUAUUUCUUGUGUGGCUUACUUAUUGUGGUAUAAUGGAUUCGAUGGAAUUGAUACGACCUGACCGGCCUAGCCGUUGCACGUGGAAACCAAAUGCAACAAAUACUCCACAUACAAUUAAAACAGAAAUGCCUGAUCGUAAUAAAAUAUUACCUGAUGUAUUAACAGCUAUUGGACAAACACCAUUAAUAAAGUUGAACAACAUUCCUAAAUCUUAUGGAAUUAAAUGUGAAAUGUAUGUAAAAUGUGAAUUCUUCAAUCCUGGUGGAUCUGUGAAGGAUAGAAUUGCAUAUAGAAUGGUUCAAGAUGCAGAAGAGAAGGGUUUGUUGAAACCAGGUUAUACCAUUAUUGAACCUACAAGUGGUAAUACAGGAAUUGGAUUAGCAAUGACUGCUGCAGUUAAAGGUUACAAAUGUAUUAUUGUUAUGCCAGAAAAAAUGUCUAAUGAAAAGGUUUACACGCUUCGUGCUCUUGGUGCUAAAAUUGUGAGAACACCAACAGAAGCAAGUUUCGACAGUCCAGAAGCACAUAUUAAUGUUGCUCAUAAAUUACAAAAGGAAAUACCAAAUAGCGUUGUUCUUGAUCAAUAUACUAAUCCUGGAAAUCCAUUGGCUCAUUAUGACCAAACUGCAGUCGAAAUUUGGAAACAGUGUGAUGAAAAAAUAGAUUAUUUAGUAGCCGGUGCAGGCACUGGUGGAACUAUCAGUGGUGUUGGGCGAAAAUUGAAAGAAUUAUCUCCAGGUACAAAAAUUAUUGCUGUAGAUCCUAAAGGCAGUAUCUUAGCUCAGUCACCUGAAUUACAAGAUGAUGUUAAUUUCUAUGAAGUAGAAGGAAUUGGCUACGAUUUUAUACCCACAGUGUUAGACCAUAAUGUAAUUGAUAAAUGGAUAAAAACUGAAGAUUGUGAAUCAUUGAAUGCAGCUAGAAUGCUUAUACGUAAGGAAGGUUUAUUAUGUGGUGGUAGUAGCGGUGCUGCACUUACAGCUGCUCUUAAGAUAGCCAAAGAUUUUUCUGAAGGAACGCGCGUUGUUGUUGUUUUACCUGACGGAAUACGAAACUAUAUGACUAAAUUUGUAUCUGACCAUUGGAUGGACGCUAGGGGAUUUUUGGAGUCUACAUGUCAAAAUGAAGUAAAAAAAUGGUGGUGGGAUAUACCAAUUUCGCGUUUAUUUUUUGAUAAAACGCCUUUGUUCAAAGAGAAUAUAACAUGUCAAGACGCUAUUCGUAUUUUUGAAGAUACAAAAGUUCAACAGUUAGUUAUCAGUAAUGACAAUAUACACGUAAAUGGUAUUCUUAAUAGUAAUACACUUAUGUCAGAUUUAGUGUUUGGCAGAAUAAAGCUCAUAGACUCUGUGGAAAGGUCUAUGGUGAAACAUUAUGCGAAAGUUAAAGUUUCAGUAACUCUUGGACAAUUAUCGCGUCUUCUUGAAAAAGAAUUAUACGCUGUUAUUUUAGAUGAAGAACAUAAUAAUACUUUUAUUGCUAUUGUAAAUUUUUCCCACAUAUUGAAUUUCAUUACAAAAAGUAAGGGUACAGUGAAUUCCAGUAACUGA